CAUCAACCUCUACGUCUACGCUACGCUCAACUCAACUUAACCAUCCCAUCAGAAAAACCAAAAGCAAAAGCAAUUCAAAAUUCAAUUCACCAUCCUAGUUACUAUGGCGUUUGUUACGUGGAGUGUCUACUUCUUGUGAUUUUUAAUUAUAAAAAUAUAUAUUUUCGAAUUUUCACCCUCAAAUAUACCCUCUAUUGGUUUUGAAAAGCAUUUAAUAACCCCAACCAACCGAAGUGAAUAGAAUUUUCAAUCCUGCCAAUUACAUUUGUAGACAAUUUUUAAGUGCCAAAAAAUAAUAUAGUAGAAAAAUUCCUUAAAAAAGGAAAAGAAAAAUAUAAAAAAAAAAACUUUUCUCAAAAAAUUUGACUGAAAAUUUAUUCCCUACGUCGUCAGUCGCUCCCUUUUUAACGCAUCGCGGCCAAUCGUGGGCUAGACAAGGAACACACUUGCACUUGACAAACUAUUCGAUUCGAAUUUGUGAUCGAGUCGAGCGAGAAUCGGGAACGGGAAACGCACACAGUAUUUUUCUAUUUUCUUUGGUUUUUUGUUUUAUUUAGUUUUUCGAUUUUUGUGAUAUGUACUAUAUUUUCGACCAUUGACUGAAAAAAGAAAAAUCAAGGGGGCAAAGGAAAAGGAGUGACCGCAUCGCAUAGACAAAACAAGAAAAUCCCGAAAACGAAAAGAAUUUCCAAAACGAACAUCACUCGCUGUCGCUAUCGCUAGUCGCUGUCGUUCGGCAAACUACAAUAAAGGUGGAUAAAAAGAGAAGGAAAUAAGCACUUUUGCUUUUCUCAUCACCCAUCACCGAACACCCGCCGCUCUUUCUGUUUUCUACUGGUACUCGCCUUCGUCUAAAUCUAAAGGCUAAACUUGUGUGUCUCGGGGUAUCAAGUUGAUUCGAGAAAAAAUAUAUAUUUUUAUUUUGUUUAACAUUCAAACAUUUUCAUCGCGAAUUUUGUUGAUUUAGUUAUUGAAAAAUUGAGAUAAUUUUAUUAUUCGAUCGUGCGUGUGAUAAUAAAUCGGGGAAAAUACAUAAUUUUCUAUUUAAAAACAAGCAGUGGUGAAUAUAGGAUUUUUAAUAAAAAUGGAAGCAGUAGCAAAACACGAUUUCUCAGCGACAGCCGACGACGAGCUUAGCUUUCGCAAGAGCCAAACUCUGAAGAUAUUAAAUAUGGAAGAUGACUCAAACUGGUAUCGUGCUGAGCUCGAUGGCAGAGAAGGGCUUAUACCUAGUAACUAUAUAGAAAUGAAAAAUCACGAUUGGUAUUAUGGAAGGAUAACGAGAGCAGAUGCUGAAAAAUUAUUAUCAAAUAAACACGAAGGCGCUUUUUUAAUCCGAAUUAGUGAGUCGAGUCCAGGAGAUUUUUCAUUAUCUGUAAAAUGCCCCGAUGGUGUACAGCAUUUUAAAGUUCUACGUGACGCACAAGGUAAAUUCUUCCUCUGGGUGGUUAAAUUCAAUUCAUUGAAUGAGUUAGUUGAAUACCACAGAUCGGCUUCAGUAUCAAGAUCACAAGAUGUUAAAUUGAGAGAUAUGAUCCCAGAAGAGAUGCUCGUCCAAGCUUUGUAUGAUUUUGUGCCACAAGAAUCUGGAGAAUUAGAUUUUAGACGCGGUGACGUCAUCACAGUCACUGAUCGGUCCGAUGACAAUUGGUGGAACGGUGAAAUCGGCAACAGGAAAGGAAUUUUCCCAGCAACAUACGUCACGCCAUACCAUUCAUAAUAGGAUUCACAGGAUCAAUGCACCAUUUACCACUACCAAUUUUUUGAACGGACCCCCUUAGUUCUAUAUGUAUUAUUAUUGAUCAGACAAAAUAAUACAAAGCACACCAAGAUGAUAACGAAAACUGCAAGAAAUUCUUUAACAACAACCAACUAUUAUUAAUUAAUUUGUUCAUGGUUUCGAAUGAUAAUCUGUACGUCGUAUUCUUUUUCUUCUUGUAGUGGACUGCAUUUUAUUUUUUAUUUUAUUUUUGUUUUUAUUUAAAGUUAUAGCCUCACAGAAAAAUUAGUAUUUAAGUUUAAAUCAUAGUCGAUACAAGCGAGUGUAAUGUUGUUAAUCUUUUUAAAUAUGUAUUUCUAUCGUUUCUGUUUUUUUGUUUGUUUUUUUUUUAUUAUUUCUUUUAAAUAUAAUUUUAUACUCCUCUCAGUACACCAACAAUAUUUUUUGAGUAUUUUUGUUUUCUCGCACACUAGCACUUUACUUUUAUUUAUUAUUUCUAUUCUACAUUUUACAUACAUAUAUACAAAAUAAAUAUUUAAGUAAAAAGUAAAUACAUAGUUUUUGUAUUAAAUUUUUGUCUAAACAAAAAUAUUACUCAAAGUAAAUAAAUAAAAUGAAACAAAAGAAAAAGAGGAGACCCUAACGAAAAAAAAAAACAGAACAAAAACAUUUUUAUAUAUUAUAAUUAAUUAUAAAACUAAAAGUUAUUAAUAUUCUUUGAAAAAAAUAAUGUUUUUAUGUUAAUUAAAAAAAAAUUAAAUAUUUUACUUUUUGUUUGCUAUAUCAAUAAAACCAAUAAAAAAAGAUAAUACAAAUAAAAUCAAAUUAAAAAUAAAAAUAAAAAAAACAAGUAACUAAAUGUACUACAAAAUGAAGAAAACACUAUAAGAAGAUAACACCAAUAUUUUUAAAUCGAAUAAGCAUUAAAAAAGUGUAUUUCAAAAUAUGUUUGUUUAUUAUGUGUACUUUUUUUUUAAUAAUAGUUUCGCUCUUAUAAUUAAACAAGACAAACACAAUUAUUUGUUUAUAUAGAUAUGUGAGCAUUUUGGUUUGCUUUUAAUAAUUAUCGUCACAACAUACAUAAAUCACUCAUCAACCAUAGUUUUACACAAUAAAGCACAAUAUUUUUGUUUAACAACCAACACUUUCCAUAGGAAUUACAUACAAUUUUUAAGGUAUUGUUAGAUUAAGCAUUAGACUCAUGUCCCAUUUU